AGGAAAGAAGAAGAAAACACGUGGAGGAGAAGAAAAAAGGUGAAGAAGAAGAAAAAAGGUGAAGAAGAAGAGGAAGGAGAAACGUGUAGAAGAAGAAGAAGAAGAAAACGUGCAGAAGAAGAAAGACAAGAAACGUGUAGAACAAAAAAGGUGAAGAAGGAGAAGAAAAGGUGAAGGAAGGACAAGAAGAAGGAAAGAAAGAAGAAGGUGUUGAGUGAAAAUGAAAGAAUGUGUGCUGCUGGUGCUUGUGAUGUGGAGCUUGUGUGCGGCCAGGUCUCCUUACCAGGCGGUGUUGACUCACAGCAGGAUCCGAGGACGCCAGCAAGGGCCCAACGUGUGUGCCAUGCAGCAGCUCAAGGGCACUGACAAGAAGUACUUCACCAACUGCAAGCAGUGGUACCAUCGCAAGAUCUGUAACAAACCCACGGUGAUCACCUACGAAUGUUGUCCGGGGUACGAGAAGAUUCCUGGAGAGAGGGGCUGCCCUGCAACGCUGCCCCUGGUGAACAUCUACAACACGUUGGGGGCGGUGGGCGCCACCACCACCCAGAUGUACUCAGAGCGAGCCAACCUGCGGGAGGAGAUCCAAGGUCCCGGGAGCUUCACCUUCUUUGCUCCCAGCAACGAGGCCUGGGCUGCGCUGCCCAUGGAGAUCCUGGAUGCGCUGGUGAGCAACGUCAACAUCGAGCUCCUCAACGCUCUCCACUAUCACAUGGUCAACCGCAGACUGACCUCUGAGGAGCUCAAACAUGGCUCCUCCUUCCCCUCCAUGUACCAAGACUUCCACGUGCACCUGCAACACUACUCCAACGGGAUCGUGACGGUGAACUGCGCCCGGCUGAUCAAAGCCGACCAGCACGCCACCAACGGGAUCGUGCACGUGGUGGACCGCGUGAUCACAGCCAUUUCCAACAACGUGCACGUUCUCAUCGACGUGGACGACGACCUGGAGACCCUGCGUACGGCCAUUGCGGCCGCCGGUCUCACCAGUAUUUUGGAGAGCGAGGGUCAGUACACCAUCUUUGCUCCUACCAACGAGGCCUUCGAGAAGAUUCCUCCAGAAACCUUAAACAGGAUCUUGGGGGACCCCGUGUCUCUUCGAGACCUGCUCAACUACCACAUCCUGAAGAACAUGCGCUGUGCGGAGUCCAUCGUGUCGGGGACGCCCAUGGAGACGCUGCAGGGCACGGUUCUGGAAGUGGGAUGUGACGGAAAGGAGAUAACUCUGAACGGGAAGGCCAUCAUCACCAAGAAGGACCAGCUCGGAACCAACGGGGUCAUCCAUUACAUCAACCAACUGCUCAUCCCGGACUCAGCAAAAACUCUGCUGGAGCUAACAGAAAGCUCCAAUGUUGCUACGGCGACCAGAAUGUUUGUGGAGGCGGGUCUGAGCCCACAACUGAAGGGCUCCCAACCUUUGACCGUGCUGGCACCUGUGGACCAGGCCUUCACAGCAGGUGGGAGCAGCAUGGCCGACAUCAGCAAGGUGAUGAGCAACCACAUCGUGAAGGGGCAGCUGUCCUCCAAGUCCUUGUAUCACAACCAGGAGCUGCAGACGCUGGGAGAUGUUACACUUCGAGUCUUUGUCUACAGAAAUAACUUGUGCAUCGAGAACGCCUGCCUCGCCGCCCACGACAAGACGGGGCGCUACGGGACCAUGUUGACCGUGGACAAAGUGGUGACUCCGCCCAUGGGAACUGUCAUGGACGUCUUGAAGGCGGACGAGCGCUUCAGCGUCCUGGUUGGAGCCAUCCAGACGGCCGGAAUGACGGAGCUGCUCAACCAGCCCGGAGCGUUGACCUUCUUCGCCCCCACCAACAACGCCUUCGAUGCCCUGCCGCAGACAGAAGUCAGCCAGAUGAUGCGAAACAGCCAGCAGCUGGCGGCCACCCUCAGAUACCAUCUCGGCGACGGGAUGCUGGUCAGCGGCGGGGUAGGCUCUCACACCCGAGUCAAACCUCUGCAGGGUGACAUGUUGGAGCUGGGCGUGAAAAACUACACGGUCUUUGUCAACCGAGUGGCGGUGGCGCACGCCGACCUGAUGGCCACCAACGGCGUGGUUCACGGCGUGGACAGCAUGGUCAAGCCGCUGCCUCCCAAGGUGGACCCGGAACAAGCUGACGGGCCGGCCAGGCAAUCAGACGUGGGAAGCUUCAGGAAUGACGCCCUUUUCCUCAAGGUCGUGCAGAGCGGCUCCAGCAGGACCAUGAGCAGCAGGCCAGAUGUUUAAAGGUCACGUCUUUGUUUACUUUCCCUGGAAUCAUCUGCUCGGUUUCUUGGCAGACAAUUUGACACUGAGCAGAGACACCUGGUGGAAGAAUAAAAACGUGAGUUCUAAAGGCCAACUGAAGCAAUUGAGGACUUAAACAAACCUUAAAGUUGAAUAUAAGCACAUUCUUUACUGGCAGCAACGUUGCUAACUGCUCACCAACAUGCGCUUUGCUACUUCUCUUAUUUUGUCAACUC